AUGCUUCACAGACCAUCGUUGACUGGAGUUCCCUUUAAUAAAAAUGAUUAUGAUGAUAUCAGUAUACAAGCACAAUAUAUUUUAAAUUUUUGGAAAGAUUGUGGAAAAUCAGAUAUAUGGAGAAAUAUUUAUAGUGCAAUUGAUGAUUUAGACUAUAAUAGAUUAAUUCAAGAGCUUGAAAA